CCGAUUACCUCUCCUUUGCUGAAGCUCUCACGCCACGCGGGAACGACAUGGAUCAUCUGACGCAAGCCGGACUUGCUCCUCCAACGACUUAUUCCGGCAGGAUGGAGGCGUUCAUGUGUAAAUAAGGACGCCAAGCGGGUAGUUGUUGCUUUGCAGUUCGUGCACCUUGCACUCUCGUCUGAAUUGCUACUCAGAAGAAGUCAGGAGAUCGAUGGCGCCGGCAGCCGUCGCGCUGCUCGUGGUGCUCAUCCCGGCCAUUUUCACGGCGACGGCGAGCGCCGCGGUGGUGGAGCACACCUUCAAUGUGGGCGGCAUGGAGAUCUCGCAGCUCUGCAUGAACAGCGUGAUAUACACGGUGAACCAGCAGCUGCCGGGACCGACCAUCGAGGUUAGCGAAGGCGACACCCUCGUCGUCCACGUCGUCAACGGCGCGCCGUACCCAAUGUCGAUGCACUGGCACGGCAUAUUCCAGCUGCAGAGCGGGUGGGCCGACGGCGCCCACAUGAUCACGCAGUGCCCGAUACCGCCUUCCGGCAAGUUCACCUACGUCUUCAACGUCACCGGGCAGGAGGGCACGCUGUGGUGGCACGCCCACUCUUCCAUGCUCCGGGCCACCAUCUACGGGGCGCUCAUCAUCAAGCCCAGAGGCGGCUACCCGUUCCCGGCGCCGUACGCCGAGAUCCCCAUCCUGCUAGGCGAGUGGUGGAACAGGAACGUGGACGACGUGGAGACCGACGGGCUCCUCACCGGCCUCGGCCCGGCGAUGUCCGACGCCUUCACCAUCAACGGCUCGCCGGGCGACCAGACCCCCUGCGGAGGCGCUGGCAUAUUCCAAGUGGAGGUGGAGCCCGGCAAGACGUACCUCCUCCGCAUCAUCAACGCCGCCGUCAACGCCGAGCUCUUCUUCCGGGUGGCCGGCCACACCUUCACCGUGGUGGCCGUCGACGCCAGCUACACGAACCCGCACCCCACCGACGUCGUCGUCAUCGCGCCGGGCCAGACCGUGGACGCGCUCAUGUCCGCCUCCGCCGCGCCGGGGCGGUACUACAUGGCGGCGCGCGCGUUCGAGAGCAAGACCGUGGCCAACCCGCCGCCGUUCGACAACGCCACGGCCACGGCCGUGCUCAGGUACAGGGGCGUCCCGGACGCCGCCCCCGCGGCUAUGCCGGCGCUGCCGCCCUACACCGACGUGGUCACCGCCGCCAGGUUCUACUGGUCGAUGACCGGCCUCGUCCGACCGGGCGACCCCGUCGUGCCGACGCGCGUCGACCACAGCAUGGUCGUCGCGUUCGGGCUGGAGCAGGCGCCGUGCGCGCCGGACCAGACCAAGUGCCAGGGGUUCGCCGUCGUGGCGUCCAUGAACCGGUACUCGUUCCGGUUCCCGGAGGAGGUGUCGCUGCUCGAGGCUCUCUUCAGGGGCGUGCCGGGCGUGUACUCCGAGGACUUCCCGAGGUCGCCGCCGGCGGUGGCGGCGGCCAGGAGGGCCACGUCGGUGAGGAAGGUGAACUUCAACGACGUGGUGGAGGUGGUGCUGCAGAACGAGGCGUACAGCAGCGUGCUCGGCGCCGAGAACCACCCGAUCCACCUGCACGGGUUCAACUUCUUCGUGCUGGCGCAGGGGCUCGGGCGCUUCGACCGCGGGAUGAAGAGCACGUACAACCUCGUGAACCCGCAGGUGCGCAACACCGUCGCCGUGCCGGCCGGCGGCUGGGCCGUCAUCCGCUUCACGGCGAACAAUCCAGGUAUGUGGUUCAUGCACUGUCACCUGGACGCGCACCUGCCAUUGGGGUUGGCCAUGGUUUUCGAGGUGCUCAACGGACCGGCGCCGAAUCUGCUACCUCCACCUCCUGCAGAUUUCCCCAAGUGUCACUGAACGUGAUCGACGUACAGACUCUGCCUUUGCUUGACAGGUCCAUUUGAAACCAAAAACGAGAUGAGAGUGUGCGAGACAGCACGUGUGUGCGUAGUCGUUUCUUGUCGCGUAUGGCUGCCCGAUUUCAUUGUGUUGUGCAUGGCAAAUGAUUCCUUAUUUUUCAAUUCCAGUCGUUAAUAAAGCUAUGUUGAGGGGUUCGUGUUCUUUGGUAUUCA